AUGGCUACACAAGGCAGAACCGGUGUAGCCCUCACCGCGGCGCUGUGCGCCAUGUGCUUGCUGCCGGUGCUGGCCACGGCGCAGCUCCGGGUGGGGUUCUACCAGAAGAGCUGCCCCAACGCGGAGGCGCUUGUCCGGCAGGCCGUCGCGGCCGCCUUCGCCAAGGACGCUGGCAUCGCCGCCGGCCUCAUCCGGCUCCAUUUCCAUGACUGCUUCGUCAGGGGAUGCGACGCCUCUGUCCUGCUGGCCACCAACCCCGGCGGGGGCAGGACAGAACGGGUGGCUCCUCCGAACAACCCCAGCCUCCGUGGCUUCGAGGUGAUCGACGCCGCCAAGGCCGCCCUCGAACGGAGCUGUCCCCGCACCGUCUCCUGCGCCGACAUCCUGGCCUUCGCCGCCCGCGAAAGCAUCACCCUCACCGGCAACGUCGUCUAUUCUGUCCCCGCCGGCCGCCGCGACGGCAGCAUCUCUCGCGAGGAGGACGCCAACAACAACCUGCCCCCACCCACCUUCACCGCGCAGCAGCUCAUUGACCGGUUCAAGAACAAGACCCUCACGGCGGAGGAGAUGGUCCUCCUCUCCGGCGCCCACACCGUCGGCCGCUCCUUCUGCUCCUCCUUCGUCGACCGCAUCUGGAACGGCAACACUCCCAUCGUGGAUGCAGGGCUGAGCCCGUCGUACGCGGCGCAGCUGCGGGUGCUAUGCCCGUCGAACACGUCGCAGGCGACGGCGCCGAUCGACCCGGGCUCGCCUAACGUGCUGGACAACAACUACUACAAGCUGCUGCCGCGCGGCAUGGGGCUCUUCUUCUCCGACAACCAGCUCCGGGUCGACGGCAACCUCAACGUGCUGGUGAACCGCUUCGCGGGGAACGAGACCCUGUGGAAGGAGCGCUUCGCGGCCGCCAUGGUCAAGAUGGGCCGCAUCCAGGUGCAGACCGGCAACUGCGGCCAGGUACGGCUCAACUGCAACGUCGUCAACCCGACGUCGUCGUCGGUCAGCCUGGCGGGCUCAGUCGAAGAGGACGGCCUCGUCGCCACAAGCUAG